CUGCAAAACCGCAAGUGACGAAAUUCUCACCACCAUUGACCGACAUCAAUUUUCUGAAAGGGCGGGGGGCCUCAAGUACGACGGGGAGAGUAUAACAGUGUCCUGGAUUGUGUCCAAGGGAUUUCCUUGUAUUCGUUUUCUGUUACGGACUUUCACAGGCAACCUGGUCCACGUUGUCCACUUCCAUGCGACUCAGGAUUCCUAUCCCCGUCGGGUUUCUGUUCCUGGCGGCAUUGUAUCCGCUUGCAGCUGCUCAAGGCGUUCUCAUAGCAGCGGCUGGAUAUUUGAUACCGGAAGCUGCCUUUGCAAGUUUUGCGGCGCAAAUUCAGCAAGCUUACCAGCAAAUAGCGACACCCGAUGCAUACGUGACCAAGGCAGUGGAUGAUGUGAUUUCAACAGCAGGGCAUGGGCCCGUAGAUACGGCGGCUGUGACAUAUCUGGUGCAGCAACUUAACACCGUCAUCCCCCAAGACCCAUCAUACACCCCUCUCCGCGACGCCACGAACCAACUUUCGGCAGCCGUCUUCGCUGCUGAGCAUUCGCAGCCUCUCCCGAUCCCCGGCUCUGUGACUACUGUUACUUUUGUUCCUCGUCCUACAGGGAGUCCCAUAGUAAGCACGGCACCUUCUCCGUCAUCAUCUGGGAUAGCUUCUGGGACAUAUUCCCCGAUCCGCGGACCAAUCACUAGUACAGUAUCCGUUACAACCUCGGUGACAGUCCAGCCCACCGUCGCGCCCACCGCCGCGCCGUCGCCCAUAGGGGGGGAUGGUUCUGGGACUUUUCCACCUCCAUUCCAACCUGCAGGAAGGUCUGAUAGUGCUGCCAUGAUGAAUAGCAUCACAGACGCAGGGUGGAGCAUGAUGGCUACGAUGUUGAGCGUAUUCUUGGCUGCGGCAUUUUGACGGCUUAGUUCGAAGCCUGAUGAGACUUUUGAAACUUCCUAAUGUAACGUGUAUAUAGACGAUGUUCAGUGUUUGACAUCAUCAUUAAUUCUGGUCACAAUGUGGUAAACAGUAGGGCAAUCUCAAUCUUGUGUUGAAAUUUGCAUAAUUAUGUAAUUCUUUACGAAAUUAUCUACAAUAGAUCUUUCAUCU